CACCGCGGACCAAGCCGCUUCGAAUUUCGAACGUUAUAAACGUCAACGUCAUUGCCAUUUUAUUUUUUGUGCCAGUGUAUGGAACUUAAGGAUUUUUGUGCCAGUAUUUGUGUUCCUUACUCAAACAGACAGUAAAGGUGCCAUCAGUGUCAGUGAGCGUGACCUGUGAUGUGCAACGAACAUUUCGAACAAUCGAUUGACAUAAAUUAAUCGAUUAACUGUUAAACGAAUAAUUAAUCGAGUUUUUAAUUACAAAAUGUGUUACAGCGGUUAUUAGAGUUGGGAAAUAAAACGCGUAGUGUACUUUGCAAGAAGCUAAAGUGACAUUGACAAAGUGUGCAGUGAAGUGUUUAUUAUUGGGCAGCGCUCAACACUUGACCGUCUUAUUCUUGAUGUCAGUCCGCUCCAAAAAUAAUGGAUAGCCACAGUAGAUCGGCGUCCCCGAGGGACCAAAUGCGGCCGCAACACCGCCCCCCUUCCCCGCCCUCAUCUCCCGCUGCAUUCGACAACCGAGCUUACCAACAUGAUGAAUCGGAUCCGAAUCACAACGAUUCGUUCACUUCCAAUGGACCACACCAAAAUGGACACAGUAAAGAGCCCAAUGGUGACACGAAAACACUAGAAGCAGUCAACUUAGAACUGAUAAAUCUUACGCCUAAGAAUGGAUCGAAAAAGAAGGACGUGGAGGUCGAUAUGAAUUCUACAAAUCCGUACGACGAAUACUUCGUCCCAGUCAACGAGCACAGGAAAUACAUGAGAGGCGAGAAACUCUACGUGACCGCUGACAAACGCGGGGAGAAGGGUGGCUGCAAGCGGCCUCUUUGCUGGACGUUGCUCGGACUGGUUGUUGUUGCUAUAGUUGCACUCAUCGUUCUCGCAGCCACUGGCAUACUCUUCACCAAUUCGCCAACACCCCUCGAGCAGUACAACGCAUCGGUCAGUUCCGCGCGUGCGUUUGGCGGCAUCACAAGCGAUCACAGCCAUGAUCACGAUCAUAGCGGCCAUCAUCACGACCACAGUAACCAUAAUCAUGACCACAGCGACCACAAUCACGAACUUGACCACAGCGACCACGACCAUAGCCACGAACAAGAACCAAGCACUUCGCCUAUUCCACAGCAAGUUACGGAGACGCAAAGUGACGAAGCACCAGAUCUCUCCAUUAUGUCCGAUGAAUCUAACGAUAUGUCUUUGUACGUACCAAGAACAGUAGAAGGAGAAUUAAAGAUCGACAAUGAGAUUUUCUUGCCAGCUUUUGAAGAUACGGACAGCGAAGAAUAUAAGGAAUUUACACAAACGUUCAGCGACGCUCUAAAACACGCUCUUUUCGAUAGAAACAGUUUAGAAAAUGGAGACAACGAGAUAAUAGUGGAAGUCGUUCAAUUAAGGAAGGGAUCAGUCAUUGUGACGUAUCGAAUUCACUGGUUACCAAAAUACAACACUGAACCAACCGAAGAUCUUCUAACGGCGAAAACUUUGAAAACCAACCUUAACAAUUACCUAAACACUAACAAUAGAAUGAUAAGUAUAUAUCACGUCGCAGAAGACCAAGAGAUACAAACCAAGCCAGUUCUUGAUAUAUGCAAGAUUAAUAACAAUGACUGCGAACAUAGGUGCGAAUUUGACGAUUCCACACUCGAUUUUACGUGCGUUUGUCCACAUGGACAGAUGAUGGAUACGAGUUCACCUAAGAGAUGUAUGCCUAUUUUAGACAAUUCCGUAACAAAAGACGAUCAUUCCAAACCUACCACUCAAAGGCAACUAACGGUUGACUCCGCUGAGUUCACAAUGAGAACAAUUUCUGAAGAAGAAAAAUCGAAUGCUGAAUCUGCAAAUGAAGCUACCGGUGAAAAUGUGUUUGACUGGAAAAAGACACGUCAAUAUAUGCCAGAAACAACUACAGAAACAGAGGCAGAUUUGAAAUUUUCCCAUAUAUUUGGUCACAGUGAUACAGAGAUGCCAAAACCGGAACCUAGUCCAGAACAUGAAAUUUAUUCCACCGUAGAACCGUUUUCUUCCAAAGAAUCUGAAGAAGAACCUAAAUCAUCGCCAAAACUUGUAUCUGAAUCGACAGAAGAUGUUCAACCGGAACCUGAACCUACGGCAGAACCAAAACCUGAGCCAGAACCCGAACCAACAGCAGAACCAGAACCUGAACCUACAGUAGAACCGAAAGCUGAGCCAGAACCCGAACCGACUGCAGAACCGAAUGCUAAGCCAGAACCUGAACCUACAACAGAACCGAAGUCUGAGCCAGAACCUGAACCUACAGCUGAACCGAAAUCCUUGCCAGAACCUGAACCUACUGCAGAACCGAAGUCUGAGCCAGAACCUGAACCAACAGCAGAACCAAAGGCUGAACCCGAACCUGAACCUAAGGCAGAACCAAAACCAGAACUCGAGUCUACAGUUGAACCGAAUGCUGAGCCGGAACCUGAACCUACAUCUGAACCGAAGGCUGAGCCCGAACCUGAAUCUACAGAAGAACCUAAAGCAGAACCAGAGGCCAGGUCGGAGCCAACAAAAGAAAGUUCGCCCGAAAUAUUGCAGUCACGUAAUCCCGCAACGGAAUCGCCAGAUAAUACAGAGUCGGUAACCCGUUCUAAUUUUAAAUCAGAAACGGACUUCCAGCUUCCAGAAAAGUCAACUGAUAGUCCAGAUAUAACAACAAUUUUGAUCCCUAAUUCCGCUGAUACUGAUGAGAGCAAACAAAAUGAAGCAGCGGAAUCGAAAACUUCGCCUAGACCCAUGUUUGAUCAUCCCACGUUUGAUUUAGAUAGUUUAAUGGGUCUUCAUACUACUUCAAAACCAAUGCAAACACAACAAACAGAUGCUGAAUCUGGUGAACUUACGAAUAUUGAAGAAGAAAAUAAGGAAUCAGUAAACGAAAAUACCGAAAAUAAUAAAAAUAACAUGGGUAAUUUAAUGACAACUACAACAAGGAUCUCUAUUUCUGAACCUAAUAGUAUUAACGAACCUUCAUAUGAACCGAAACCUGAAAUUAUUUCUGUUUUACAACAAAAUGAAAACCCAAUGGAUUUAAACGAUACUUUUAGCAACGACUCAUCAGUCGACAAUGAUUGGCUUGAAGCUGAAGAAAAUACUACCAGCUUAGUUCCCCAAAGCACUGCAGUAAUGACAAAUAAUGAUGACAAUAUUAAAGCACCAAUGGAAAGUGAAAUGAGUGAUGAACGUAAGACAGAGUCGAGAUCAUCUAAGACCUUAGAAGAUUAUAUAACAGAGACAAUGACAGAACAAACAAGUGGAAUUACAAACGAUGAUAUUACGUUUGAUCUGAUAAGGAAACACAAUGAAAUGUCUUUAGAAUCAACUACUAAUAGGAUGAAUAUGGAAAUGACUACAUCUAACUCACGAGAAAUGGAUGACAAUGUUAAGGAAGAUGAGUCGAAUAAAAAUAAAGUAGAAACAACAACACAAUUUUCUAGUAAUGAAAGAAAUGAUCAAAACAUGGAUAAUUCAAUGAAUUUCAAUCACAAUGAUGUGGCAACAAGUACCCAAAGCAACAAUGAGAAUAAAAUGAUUAUGUCUCAAUCGCAAGGAUCACAAAGUAUUUUAAUAAAUGAAAAUCCUCCAACAGAAAUGACUACUACUGGAACAGAUACAAUCGUUCCGAAUUCAUUGAACGAACAAAAUAAAGAUUUGGAAAACCGCAAACCGCUAACAGAAACCUUAGAAAAAACUACCGUAUCUAGUCAAAUAUUUAAUGACAAAUCUUUAGAGAAUGAAGGUAAAGAAAUAACUUUUGAUACGAUUAAUAUGCUAUACAAUCGUUCAUCUAAAGCAAUCAUGGAUAAAGAAAAUAACAUUCAAGACAUAACAGAAUCUAAUGAGAUAACUAAAGACUCUGCCGAAACAUCAACUGAUUCAGAUUGGUUAUCUGAAUCAGUAACUGAAGUUAAUUAUGACGAUAUUAUGAAAAUUACUGAAAGCGGUGAAACCACAGAUACACCUGCGAUUAAGGUAGACGAAUUAUUGGGUCGCGGAGCUAUUAAAGAUGAUUUUGAACCUGACUACCUAAAUAACAUGGGAUCUAACAGUAGCAAAAUAUCAGAUCAAGAUGAGAUGUUGUAUGGAAUUACUCACGAUUAUUUAAAUGACGAUUCCAGAGUAAAAAGAGUAAAUACACAAAAAGAUAAUUCUGAUGGAAGCGGGGCAUUACAUGUUACCGAAGCCAUGUUACCAAACAAAGAGAUCGAAUCAAAUACAUUUGAAACUACAACGAUUGGCCAAUAUAUUUACAAAAUGUCAGAAAAAAAAUUAGAGGAGACUGGUAAUAAUCCAGAAAGUUCAAUGACAACUUCACAUCCAGCUCCAGUUUGGGAGGAAACAGAGAAAGAUAUUACGGUCAAUGAAGGUUUCAAAUCUGAAAUGAACCAAAGCGAUGAAAUAAAGGACAACCUAAAUAUAAUGACAUCCACAGUCAUGCCGACGACAAUAGACGCAUUUAAAAUUAAAGAUCAACAAAUCAUAAAUCAAUAUAAUGUCCCAAAUACGUCUGAUAUGAGUUCCCAAAAUAUCUCACAAGUAAGUAAUUUAAAUGUUACAAUUUAUGAAAUACCCAAUCCAAAUGACAACCAAUCAACUAUUACCACAAAACCUACAAACAUCCAAUCUUCUGAAUUCAUCGAUCACGAUACUGACAUGAAUCCUUUCUUGCCAGAGGUUGAGAACAAUAAAAGCCUUGUAAAGAAACUACAAGAAGGUCAUGACAUUGAACCUGCUAACUUAAAUGAAACGCAAAACGAGAACGUAGAGGACCAUAUGAAUAAUUCAAAUACUGUUAGCGAUAUGGUACAUACGAACGAAAAUACUAACUCAAAUGAUCUAUCAGUUAUACCGCAAUUAGUUCAGGAAACUACAACAACCGCAAUCAAUAAUCCCGAUGGCAUGUUCAAUCAACUUUUUACGAAUAGCAAUUCUCGAGUAGAAGAACCAGCCACUACCGACGCAAAUAAAACACCAAUUAACACAAUCACCUCGUCCAGCGAAGAACAAACAAGUGAAAAUUCUUACAACGAAGAAGUUUUACCUAUUUCAACAUUUUUAUUAGACACUGAUGAUUUAGACACUACGAAGAAACCAACUACAUUACCUGAAAAUGACCUGGGUAAUGGAGCCGAAAAGACAACAUCAAGGCCCGUAAAUAAUGACACUGAAUUCCUUAGUGUAGUACCAAUUAGUGAGGAAAAUAAUGAGCAACUGAAUAAAGAUUACAGCAGUGAAAACAUUCAAGAACUUAAUUAUAUUAGUGAUUCACCUGAAAAGAGUGACAAAAGGACAGAUGUAAGCAACUUCAAUUCUAUCUUAAACAACGAAGCGUAGUUCAUCCUGUAGUUAUGAAAGGGAAGAAAUUGUACAUUAUUGUUACUCCAUUUCCUGUGAUUUUAAAUGCUAUAAAAUACCAAUGUAAAUUGAUAUACCGUUACAUCUAUUCUCUCGCUAAGAUUCCAAAUGGUUCUAAGUUUAUUAAUAAUACUAAAGAUAUUUUACCUAUAUUGAUAAAUAAUAACUUGUUUUAUUAGACUAGUCAAAUUAGAAAAAAUAAAUCAACAUGAGGAUUUUAGAUUAUUUAUUGCUUCAAGUACGUGAACAAACGCGGCCAAAAAAUUAAUCAUUUAAUUAUUAUCUUCAACGACGAAGAAUUAAUUUCUUCUUUUUAAAUUGUUACCAUAGAUAAAUGUAUAUUUUAUUAUAAUAACAUUUUUUAUUUCAAUAAUCAGUAAAUUAUGACAUUUAAUUGGGUUCCUUAUUAUUUUAUCUGAAUUGUAUUAAAGGGAUGUUUGUUACUGAUAUAAAUAUCCCUUAAUAUUUAAAAUGUAUAAUCCAUGCCGUUAUGUGAUAAUUCCGAAUGAUAAAGUGGCAUUCCAUUUGUCGAUUAAAUAAUUUUUAACUUAGUUAUACUUUUAGAAGUGAGGUCUGAUUGUAAAAUAA